UUCCAAUAAUCAAUUUGAAUACGUAUAGCGGUGAACGUAAUCCAAAAACACUUCAUUAUUACUGGCAUCACAUGCAAUUAUGUCUUCAUUGUCUUGUCCUUUCAUUGUGGUCUUUUUGCUGCUCUUUCUUGCAACCCUGUCGUUGCAGAAACGACUUUGUGUGUAUAAGGUAUCAAGAGAAUUAUGCCACAAGCAAUGUUGUGGCGAAUUAGGCGACUUGUACUGUCGCGACAGUUGCAAUGGUGUAAAAUGUUCGAAGUCAGAAGACUGUGGUUCUGGUUGCUGUGAUGGUGGAAAGUGCUCCAGUUGUAAUACGCCAUGGUAUUCUAUUGCCAUACCAGUUAUCAUUGUACUUGCUCUCAUAUUCAUCUUUGUCGUAUACAAAAUAUGGUGGUACAAUAAGCGCCGUGUCAUACAAAGAGGAGUGAUUGUGACAACCAUUACUAGAAGAUUUGGCCAACCUUUUCCUCAUGACGAUUCUGUGCCUCUUGUGAAUGACCACAAUGAAGAGGAAGAGCAGCGCACAAGCCAGAAUGAAAGCUUGCCUCCACCGUAUACACCAUGACUUUUUAAAAGAGUUUGCGUUCAUUUUAUAAACAUUACUACUAAGGGAUUGAUUUUUACUUUCUACAUUGUAUAUACGUUUCCCGGGAAAGUGCAAAUAAUGUAGCUUAUAUAUAAGAGUUAAGUCCUCCGUCAAGAAUGGAGUGGAAGCUGUAUGUUGCAUUGUUCAGUCGCAUCUGAUCGCUUUCAUACUACUUUUUACCACAUAAACUUUAUUCAUAAUCAUUGCUAAUGCUGAAAUUAGACUUUCUAUUAAAUGCACUUUUAUU